CUGGAAAAGGCAACUGGACACGCAAUCACUGACUAUUUAUCCCUUGCGCGAAUUGUUGAGAAGAGGAGGAAAACCACUGUCGACCACAGCGGGACACGAGAGCUUCAUGAUUGUUCGACAGCAAUAGACCUGGGAAGCAGCGACAGCGACCGCAUUCAGCGCAUCCCAACACCAUGGACGGUGAUCCGGCUGUCGAGCCAACACUCGAUGGGUUCAGCCGCGUGCUGCCAUUGCCCUAUCGCGUGGCGCUCAUAAUCGUCCUUGGUAUUUGGGCAUGGGGCCUCAACCUGCACUAUCUCUCCUUAAUCCGCAUCGACGUCCCCUCGCUCAUACGUUAUCCUUCACGAUCCUCGCCGCACCACCUCCCGCAUCACCUCUCCUGCUACCGCAUUGCAACCUUCCUCUCGAUACCGCUUGCCCUCUCUCUUCUGCUGUUCUGGACCUUGACGAACGGCAGCCCAAGAGACAUCGCAGCAUGGGAGAUUCUGCCGAAUCUAUAUCUCCUUGUCCUUGUCGUAGGCUUCAUAGCGCCUCUGCCUUUCGUCUCACGCGCCGGGCGCAGUAGAACAUUAAGCACGCUGAAGCGCAUAAGCAUUGGAGGUAUUGCGGAGGCCGCGGACGGGAAAUUCGGCGACAUCUUGCUCGCUGAUGCGUUGACAUCGUACGCCAAAGUCUUGGGAGACCUGUUUGUUUCGCUGUGCAUGUUCUUCUCGUCCUCGCACAGCAGCACGGGUCCACCGAAUCGCAAUUGUGGCGGCGCAUUCUGGGUCCCCUUUGUGAUCAGCAUACCAUACUUGAUACGGUUCCGACAAUGCAUCACGGAGUACUUUCGCGUGCAGCGCGCAAAUGCACAGACGGGCACGAUGUCGAAAGCCACUGGUUGGGGCGGAGUGCACCUCGCCAACGCGCUCAAGUACAGUACUGCAUUUCCAGUCAUCAUAUUGAGCGCGCUACAGCGAACCCCAGAGCCAGAGAAGUACGGUGUCAGCGAGGCGACAUUGUUCAGGAUGUGGAUGAUCGCUGUGUGUGUCAACUCUGGUUACUCCUUCUGGUGGGAUGUGAUGCGCGAUUGGGACCUUAGUCUCUUCUCGCAUAGGGAGAGGAACAAUCCUGAGUAUCCCUGGGGACUGCGACGACACCGGUACUUUCACGCCAAGGAGUUUUAUUACGCUGCAGUUUUCAUGGAUGCAUUGCUUAGGUGUACUUGGAGCUUGAAGCUGUCACCACACCUGGACCAUUUCAACGAUCUCGAGGGUGGAAUCUUUACAAUGGAAAUACUCGAGGUGGUGAGAAGAUGGGUGUGGAUCUUCUUCCGUGUGGAGACCGAGUGGGUACGCACCCACCGUGGUCCAGCUCCCGACGACAUCCUUCUCGGCGACGUAAACUCCAAUCGGUACGAUGACAGCGAAACGGACCGCUCAGAUUAGAUACCCAUAGACUAGACCUGUUUUACAGCAAUGAUACCCCAAUUCUACGACUCGACA